AUGAUCCUACAUAAGAUUGCACCAGUUUUGCUACUGGCUCUUGCCGUAGGAGCAGAGAAAAAAAUUGAGUUGCAAGACAUUGAAGAGGAUAACCUAAAGAGUGAAAAAGGCAAAGAUUAUGAUGUAGAGCAUUCAAGGUCAGAAGAUGGCGAAAAUCAUGCACCAGAAUCUGUUCCACUGGACUUCUUGAAGAAUGGGUUCCUUCGAUAUUUUAAUGGUCCUAGCACAACACAGACAUCACAAAAUCAGCGUUACGUCCAACAAUAUGACGUAACUGAACCCACUGCUCCAUCUGAGCCUCAAUAUGAACCAUUCGCAACGCAACAAGCAAAGGCCGGCUAUCUGUCAAAUGUACCUAUGCAAGUUUAUUUAGUUCCACAAUAUUACCAGCAUGCGGAACAAAGCCAGUGCACCCGCAAACAAAUUAUGUGGAAGUACCAGCUCACGCAGCGCCAACAGCAGAGACAUACAUUCAGUCGUAUCCUUCCCCCUACAAAAUAUGUUACGUAUUCUGCUCAGCCGACUGUAGCUUCCACGCCGGCUACUGUUGUGCCAGUGUUAACGUAUCAAGUACCUAUUGAUCAAUACCAAACUGGAGUCGCGGCUCCUACACAUCAACACACUUCGCAACAGCAGUCGAAGCUUUAUCAUCCUAGUUCACAGUAUUCUCAAUCACAAAUCGAAGAUGACCAAGAAAAUGAUAUAGAGACUCAUAUAUAUUUUACUACGCAAUCAGAAGGGCCCUACACCAAAUUACAAUCACAAGAAAACCCUAGAUAUUACGACACCCGAACACCUGUCAGGGAAGAGUAUACGAAUAAGCCUUUUGAGCUGCCUCAUCCAAGUCCAUUACUUUUAAAAGCUCCACCGCCACAUCUAGCACAUAUUCCAAAAGUUUUGCCGAUUCACCGCCCUUUGGGCAAACCAGUUUAUAACAGUGGAAGGUUUGGUUUAGGUGAAUUUAUUCCAAGACCUAUUGAACUGUAUAGACCGUCUUUUAAAAGAAAGCCAACGUCACUGUUAGAUUCUUAUGUCCCAUCGAGCUUACAAUAUCAAUAUCUUAAAAGAGGUAUUAUAAAAGAUCCACUUGUGGCAUAUGAGGCAUUAUCAAGUGGACAUUUUACUCAUCCUCUUCCAAAUCCCAAACAUUUCCAGAGCGGUUUUCUUCCAAAUCAAAUGUUUCAUACAGCAGAAGGAGGUACCGUAUACGGACAUUACAAAAGAUCACCAAAAGCAAAAAUAGGGUCAAAAACUUAG